AUGCGGUGGAUAUUUGGAAGCAUCAACUUCCUCCUCGUUACCAUCGUCCUGGUGUCGGCGUUCAAUCCGUCAGUUAAUGUCGAGAUGUGUACUGAAACAGAGUUGACUUUGACACUAGAGGGCGCCGAAAAUGGUGGCAUCAUAUACAUACAGGGUCACAGUACUAGCUGCAAGCAGAACACUGUCAACGUUACAACAGAGUUUGUAUUCGUGUUCGGCGCAUGCGGAGUAGAUCCGUAUCAGUCAUUCUCGAUCAUCGUUCAAAAGAAGCCUCACUAUCAAACCGGAUAUGACCUUGUGUUUCCUGUUCGCUGUCUAUAUGAGCUGUCUAUUGAGCUGAGCGGAAAUGAACUUAACCUGGAAGGUGUUGAUGAGGUAGGAGUCAACAUAACGUUAAGGCCAACGGCUACAAUGACCAUCUACUCGAACGGACAGGAGGUGACCGCUGGUCAAGUCCGCCUCACAGAUACACUGACCAUGUCUAUUCAACUAGGGUCAGAGUUUAUAGCCGACUUCGACUUGAAGGCCAGAUACUGUACGGCGAACACGAUAGAACUCAUACAGGACUUCUGUUCAACUGAUGUCGGUCUGUUUCCAAAUUUCGUCCAGCCUGUCCAGGGCAUUAUAGCAACUUCUUUUGGAGCUUUUAGGACGACGGCUCUAAACGGUGGAAUCGUUGACAUGACAUUCUCUUGUACACUCCAGCUUUGUUUCGGCGCAUGCUCACAGACGAAUUGUGCAAAUGGCGAGGUUGGAUACGGGAGAAGAAAGCGCUUAGCUGAUAAAAACAAAAGAAUAAACAAGGAGAGUAGACGAAAUAAGCGCAUGGCUGAUGAAGAUGUUGCCUUUCAAAAUGUAAAUGUUGGAGCCUCAAUCAGUGUUGGAGAAACGUUUGAAAGUUUUGCAACAGGCAAUGAAGACGAUCAGAUCUGUAUACCUGUCAUCCUCUUGUUGAUGUUCGGAACUCUCGGGUCGUUUAUCGUUUUUGCAUGUGUAGUGGUCAUGACGUCAGUGAUCAAUAAAUACCGGAAGAGAAAACAGCCAAAACAAAGUAAAAAGGAAGAAUCUAUACCGGAAGUCACACCCAGCGCCACUUCCGUUUCUAUCCCAGUUCCUAACUCUCGCUUCGGAACAACUACUAGAAGAUUUAGCGGACAGUUUAUUCCUGUUUGA